CCCGGAAGCGUGUGCAGCCGGUAGACGUGUCCAUCCAUCCAUCCAGCUUGCAGUUUUUGCCUGCUUGGCGGUCGCUUUUGACUACUUCACAGCUCUUUUUGUCUAAACAUCAGCAUGGCAUUAGUAUAGCACUACGUGAACAGACAGAAUAGGUAUUAAGAACAGUUCGUGCUUAAAAUAACAAUGAAUACCAUACUUGCAAUCAUCUUGGUUUUUGUCGGAUGCUGCAGCAAUGUUGUGUUUUUGGAACUUUUGGUGAGGGAGUUUCCUGGUUGCGGAAACAUCGUUACGUUCGCGCAGUUUGCCUUCAUCGCUUUGGAAGGCUUCAUUUUCGAAACAAAUUUCGGCAGGAAAAAACCUGCCAUCCCCAUUAGGAACUAUGUGGUCAUGGUGACCAUGUUCUUCACGGUCAGUGUGAUCAAUAACUACGCCCUCAACUUCAACAUAUCCAUGCCCUUGCACAUGAUCUUUAGAUCAGGAUCACUGAUAGCAAAUAUGAUCCUAGGAAUCAUCAUAUUGAAGAAGAGGUACACCCGGAGUAAAUACAUCUCCAUUAUGUUCGUGUCCCUCGGGAUCUGUAUCUGCACCGUUAUGUCUGCCAAGCAAGUGAACGUGGACCAAGAGGGCACGGAAGAGCAAGGCUUGUACACUUUCCUGCGAUGGCUGCUAGGUAUCGCCAUGCUGACCUUUGCCCUGCUGAUGUCGGCUCGGAUGGGGAUCUUCCAGGAGACGCUGUACAAGCAGUACGGCAAGCACUCCAAAGAGGCCCUUUUCUACAACCACUGCCUGCCUCUCCCAGGGUUCCUCCUGCUGGCCUCUGAUAUCUACAACCACUGCGUCCUGUUCAGCCAGAGCGCUCCUGUUGAGGUGCCAGGGAUCGCAAAGGAUGUGCCAGUGAUGUGGAUAUACUUGCUGAUAAACGUCAUCACACAAUACGUGUGCAUCCGGGGCGUGUUCAUCCUGACCACCGAGUGCGCGUCGCUGACGGUGACGCUGGUGGUGACGCUGCGCAAGUUCGUCAGCCUCAUCUUCUCCAUCCUGUACUUCCACAACCCCUUCACGGCCUGGCACUGGCUGGGCACGGCGCUGGUGUUCCUGGGGACGCUCCUCUACACCGAGGUGUGGGCCAGCGUCCGCGCCGCGCUCCGCCCCGACGGGAGGAAGAGGGAGUGAGGCUCCUGCAGUGCCCCCCGCAGGACCGGGGGUCUGCUGCAACACGCGCACAUACGUGUAUACGCACAUACACACACACACUUACUUUCUGUUACUCGCUCACACACGCACACAUUGUCAUUCACUCACAAGCAAGCAUGCACAGACAUUGUCAUUCUCUCA